CCAACUCACUCAUCCACCCCCUCACACCCCUUCACCUCGCCAAACCACCACACACGACAUCAGCAAAAUGGGUGGCGGCGACCUUAACAUGAAGAAGUCGUGGCAUCCCGCCCUCCUGGUCAACCAGGAGCGUGUGUGGAAGGCCCAGAAGGAAGCCAACGAGGAGAAGAAGGCCCUCCAGCAGCUGCGCAAGGAGCGCGAGGAGGAGCGCCAGCUCGCCGAGCUGCAGCGCAUGCAGGAGGCAGCGACCGGCAAGAAGCGCGUCGAGAAGCUCGACUGGAUGUACGCUGCGCCAUCCGCCGAGGACGGCGCGAUGGGUGGGCGGAUGAGCGAGCGCGAGCUGGAGGACUACCUCCUCGGCAAGAAGCGUGUCGACGAGGUGCUUGCCGCUGGCGACAAGAACGUCGGCGCUUCACACCGCGAGUUUGUCGCCGUCCAGAACGCCAACACGGCGCGCGAUACGGCCGCCAAGAUCCGCGAGGACCCCGUGCUGGCGAUGAAGAAGGCCGAGCAGGCGGCCAUCGCGGCGCUGAUGAACCGCCCCGAUAUCCGGCGGCAGCUUAAGCAGGCCAAGAAGGAGCGCGAGGGCGGCGACGACAAGGAGGAGCGCAGGGCAAAGCGGCGCGCGGAGAAGGAGGAGCGCAGGAGGGAACGACACGAGCGGCGCGAGAGGCGAGACUACGACCGCGACUACGACCGUUCUCCGAAGUCAGAGUACUCUGAUGAGCGGCGGGACCGCAGCGACCGCCGCGGCAGGGACUACGACGACAGGCGGCGCGAUGACCGGGGAUAUGGUCGUGACGACCGCGACUACGACAGGAGGGCCGACCGCGACAGGAGGGAUGAGCGCGACCGCAGGCCACGAUCUCGUUCGCCCCGGCGCGACCGCGACGACAGCCGAGACAGGCGGCACGAGAGCUCGCGUAGCGACGAGCGCCGCAGCAAUGGCCACUCGGACAGGCGUCCAUCGCCCAAGCGCGAGCGCGAGUCGCCGAAGCGGGAGCGAUACGACGCGCGUGAUGCCCGCGACGCCCGCGACUCGCGCAACGGCCACUCAAACGGCAGCCCAUCCAAUGGCCACUCUAACGGCCACUCGAAUGGCUACGCCAACGGCCGCUCGGAUGAGCGGUACGACGCCCGCCCUCCACGCCGCCCAUCACCAGAGCGCAAGCCGUACGUCAAGUCUGAGCCGUCGGCACCGGCUACAUCAGCCCAGGACGACCGUGCGGCCCGCCUGGCGGCGAUGUCGUCGAAUGCGACCACGCUCAACGCUGAGCGGACAGAAAAGCUGGCGCGUCGCGCGAUCGAUGAGAAGGCCGAGGAGGCGCGCGAUGAGAAGGCGCGAUCGCGGUACCACCGUGACGAGGCUGCUGGCUUGUUUAUGAAGCACCAGGAGCAGAUGAGCGGGCAGAUUGGGCUUGCCGAGUCGCUGCAGCGUCGUGGAGGAAAGGGCCUCUUGCGUGAUAUUUAGUGUCGUGGGUAUGCAUGGCCAGUUGGAUUAUA